AUGAUUAGCGGAGUUGCUGUAAUAUGGGUACUUUUAGAAGUAUUAAGUAGCAAUGAUUAGUAUAAAUUUUAGUUGCUAAAUCCUCUUUAAUUAAUAUACAAUUUUUGGCCAAGAUCGAUAUAGAAUCAUAUGGAUGUGACAAUAAUAUGUUAAUAGAAGCUGAAGAAGGGUUAAAAUAAUUAAAUUAGACUAUCCAUUAUGUAUAAAUAGGAAAAAUAGAAGAAUAUAUUAAUGAAUUAAGAGAAUUAUAUGUAUUAGUCAAAAGGGAACUAGAUGAAUAGCUUUUUUAAACAUUUGUUUAGAUAGAGAAUUUUCAGUACUCUUAUCUAUUUAAACAAAAGUUUGACUCUUUAAAACAUAUCGAAAUCAAAGAUAAAUUGAUAAAUCCACAAUUUGAGGAUAUCAGGUCUUUGAUUAAUUAAAUCAUUAAGACUUUGGAUAAAUAAAAGAGGAAAACAAAUUGCGAGAUCCUAUCAUAAAAAAUAGAAAUUUUAUUAGAAUAACUUACUUAUAUAGAGGUAGAAGGCUAAAAUCUUAAUGAUAUAAAUUUUGAAGAAUUAAUCAGUAAAAUCCAAAAAAUUAGAAAUAAAUGUGAUAAUGAUCUAACUAGUUAGUAAAUAAAAACAGUAGAUUUAUAAUUAAGUAAAGAUGAAUAAACUCAAUUAAAAGAUAUUUUUAUAGAACUUCCAGAAUAACUUUAAGUAAUAAAAACAUCUUUUUAAAUUGAAAAUGAUGAUUAAAUUAACUUAUCAAUUGAUCAAGAAUUAAUAAUGAGCUAAUUUUGUGUAAAAGGUGAAUCUUCAAUUCUAGAUAUGUUUUCAAGUCAGAAACAUAUUAUAGAUCUAAAAGUUAAUGAUUCUAAAUUAGAAGGAGUAAUCGAAUAUGGAUAUGGUUAUUGGAUUCGAUGGCUUACAAAAUGGCCUGAAUAAUAGAAAGAAGGGAUUAGUAAGCCAUGGUAUUUCAUAUCAAGAUUGACAAAAAACGAUCCAUAUGAUAAUAUAAGUAUGGGUGAUAGAAUAUUGGCUAUUUGGUUAGGUUAAUCUGGAUAUACAUUUGUUACUAAUGAUGUAACAUCACAAAAUCCUAAUUUAUAAAAAACAUUGUCUUAUUAAGAUAUUGAAGGAGUAUGGACAUAUAUUCAUUUUAGUUAUAAAUAAAGUUAAGCAAUUGGAAUAUUAAGAAUUGAAGAGGAAACUAGAAUGGUUGUUUUUGAUGCAAUACAUGAAUAACCUAAUUUCUUAAGAUUAAUCAUAGGUGGUUCAGAUCUUAAUUAAUAUCCAGGAUUUAAUGGUUAGAUCUCAUCACCUAUUUUUAAAUUAGGUGCUGGAUCUUUCAUUAAUACAGAAGAUGAUUUUAAUAGAUUUGUAAUGGCAUGUAAUCAUAAACCAGAACCUGAUUGUAGAGACAAAAGUCAAAUAAUAUAAUUAAGUUAAGGAAUUAAAAAAUAUGAUACAUCUUAAUCAUAAUUUUAUGAACACUUUAAUAAUUAAAAAUAAAAGUUUCCAACUAUAUAUGGAAUUGGAGGUUGGUAUAAAUGUGUUGAAAUUGAUUAAUAAUCUGAAAAUUUAGCAUUCAGAAUUACAAUUAAUAAUUAGAAGAUAAAUAAUAAUGUUGAAGAAUUAGGAGAUAGAACACUUGUUGUUUGGUUAAAUGAGAAAUAGUAAUAUACAUUUUCUACUUAUACCUAUUUCAAUAUGUAUGGAAGUGGAUAAUCAAAUAUUGUUUAAUUUAUUGAACAUAAGGAUAAACAUACUUAAUGGCAUUACAUUUCAUUUUAAUAUAAUAGAGAGAUACGUUAAGCUUAUGGUUAAAUUAUAUUCAAAGAUGAGAAAAUGAAUCUUAAAUUUCAAAAUAUUAAUCAUUAUUUAGUCCCAAUUUUUAGAAUUUUCAUUGGUAAUGAUUAAUUUUAUUCUGGAUUUAAUGGAUAUAUUGCUGAUGUAAAUUAUGUUACAUGCUAAGAUUUAUAUAAUUAAUAAUUCAAUCCAUCAAAGCCACCUGACUUAAUAAAUCAUAUCACUCUGCCUAUUCAAGUACCUGAAUUCAAUUCUGAGUAUUAAUGUUAAAUAUCUGAUAACACUAUUAUUGAUUCAGCAUAUGAUGACAUAUAAUCAAUUGCAGAAAUUGAAGUAUCAGAUAAUAAUCUAAUUGAAGGAUAUGGAUAUUCAUUUUGGUUAAGAUAUCUUACUAGGUAUCCAAAACCUAUGUAUUAAGGAAAGACAUAACCAUGGUAUUUUGUAAGUAGAUUGACAAAUAAUAUAAAUUAUUAAGAUACUGAAAAAGGAGAUAGAUUAUUAGGAAUUUGGUAAGGUUAAGGAUUUUACACAUUUUUCACUAAUGAUUAUAAAACAAAUAAUUGGAAUUUAAAUUAAUAAAUUGAGUAUUAUGAUAUUGAGGGAGUUUGGACAUUUUUUUACUUUAGCUACAGCAACACUUUCAAUAAAGCUGUAGGUUUUAUUAAAUAUUCUGACUAAGACUCUUAAUCUAUUACAAUUAAUGCAUAUCAUGAAACUAUUAUCUAUUUAAAACUUAUUAUUGGUGGUUCUGAUCUCUCAAUAUAUCCAGCUAUUAAUGGGUAAUUCACUAAGGCUACUUUUAAGAUAGGUUCUACAGCAUUUAUUGAUACAAUAGAUAAAUUAAAUAAAUAUGCAUUAGAAUGUAAUCCAUAGCCAAAUGAAUUCUGUGAUUAAUAUGAUUAACAAAUUGUUAUUGAAAAUAUAUAGAAGUUUUAAGAAUAACAGAAUUUUUUAUCAGAAAUUCAGUCUAAUUCUUAAACUCAAUUUCCAAAUGAAUACAGUGUUUUUGGUUGGUUCAAAUGGGAACCUACAAAAAUGGAAUUAUGGCAUUUGGCAUUUCGUUUGCAUAUUAAUAAAGAAGAGACUAAUAAAAAUGAUGAAAUUUUAGGUGAUAGAACUUUAGCUGCUUGGGUCUCUCCUUCACAAAAUGGUAUAUAUGCAAUGGCUACAUACAGUUAUAAGAAUUUAGAUGGGAAUGGAGAACCAAAUAUUGUUCAGAUAAUACCUUAAGACUAAUAAGAAACAAAAUGGCAUUUUAUUUUCUUUUCUUAUGAUAGAAUAAGAAGAAUUGCUGGAGGAUAUAUAAAAUUUUAGAAUAAAUAAGAAUCUAUUCAUUUUGAUAAUAUUAAUCAUUUUUUAGUACCUUAGUUUUAUUUAAAUAUUGGUAAAGAUCAUUUCUACAAAUCUUGGAAUGGUUAUAUUGGGAAAUUAACUAUGAAUCUAUGCAAUGGAGCAUCAAAGUAUAGUAUAAAUGAAGGUAGUUUAAAUAAAAAUAUUAUAGACUUUAUGAAUCCACCAAUAAACACAUAUCCAAAUUUUUAUGUUACAGAAACUAAAGAGUAUAUAUUAUAUUUAUAUUUAAUAAGAAUUUGUCUGAUUGAUACUAAAAUAAUUUAAGUUACUUAAGAGAAUUUAAGUAGUGUAAUUAAUGCCCUUUAAGAGGAAGAGACAAAAGAAAAAGUUUGUUUCUGUUCAUUAAUGAAUGAUUGA